GUCCACCACCAAAUGUGACAACAAUUACACCACCACCAUUAGGCCCGUUUACAACACCCGUGUUUAGCACAACCGAAGAACCAACUACUACGCUCACGUCAACAGUGCAGUCAACAACUACAAUAACAGUUACAACAACCGAAGAACCAACUACUACGCUUACGUCAACAAUGCAGCCAACAACUACACCAAUGGUUACCACAACCGAAAAAUCAACUACUACGCUCACCUCAACUAUGCAGCCAAAAACUACACCAACACCAACGGUUACUACAACUGAAAAACCAAAUACUACGCUUACGUCAACAGUGCAGCCAACAACUACACCGACAUCUACACCAACAUUUACCACAGCCGAAGAACCAACUACUACGCUCACGUCAACAGUGCAGCCAACAACUACACCAACAGUAACCACAACUGAAGGACCAACUACUACGCUCACGUCAACAGUGCAACCAACAACUACACCAACAGUGACCACAACAGAAGGUCCAACUACUACGCUGACGUCGAAAGUGCAACCAACAACUACACUAACAGUGACAGCAACUGAAGAACCAACUACUACGCUCACGUCAACAGUGCAGCCAACAACUACACCAACAGUAACAACAAUUGAAGGACCAACUACUACGCUGACGUCAACAGUGCAACCAACAACUACACCAACAAUGGCCACAACUGAAGUACCAACUACUACGCUGACGUCAACAGUGCAACCAACAACUACACCAACAAUUACCACAACUGAAGGACCAACUACUACACUGACGUCAACAGUGCAGCCAACAACUACUCUAACGGUUACCACAACCGAAGAACCAACUACUACGCGUACGUCAACAGUGCAGCCAACAACUACACCAACAGUUACUACAGCCGAAGAACCAACUACUACGCUUACGUCAACAGUGGAGCCAAGAACUACACCAACAGUUACCACAACUGAAGAACCAACUACUACGCUCACGUCAACAGUGCAGCCAACAACUACACUAACA